UGCUUUUAGUUCCGCUUAUCAGGGAUCUCUUAUUAAAUGCGGAACAGCGUCGAGCAGCGUAUCGGUGGUUAAUUAUACAUAAAUAUUUAUAGUAAUAUUUAAAAUAAAUUAGAAUAUUACAAUAUGCCGAAAGUACGACGCAGCAAGAAACCGCCACCAGACGGUUGGGAAUUGAUAGAGCCUACGUUAGAGGAAUUAGAACAAAAAAUGCGCGAAGCCGAGACGGAACCUCAUGAGGGCAAGAGAAAGCAAGAAUCCCUAUGGCCGAUAUUUAAGAUUCACCAUCAGAAAUCGCGCUACAUAUACGAUUUGUUUUACAGGAGAAAAGCGAUUAGUCGCGAAUUGUACGAUUACUGCUUGAACGAGAACAUCGCGGACAAGAAUCUAAUAGCCAAGUGGAAGAAGGUGGGCUACGAAAAUCUCUGUUGCUUACGUUGCAUCCAGACGAGGGACACGAACUUCGGCACAAAUUGCAUCUGCAGAGUGCCGAAAGGCAAGCUAGAGGAGGGCCGGAUAGUGGAGUGCAUACACUGUGGUUGCAGAGGAUGUUCGGGCUGAGUGUGACUUUUCUUUAUACUCGAUGUUCACUCGUAGGACACGAGCGUUUUUUUUGAAGGCAGAAAUCGUGAUGUUCGUACCAAAGCGCAUUUUCGGCAAGCGCAUCAGUUUCUCGUCGCCAUCCAUGAAGAUUUUACCACGAGGCGUGAUCAUCAACGAAGCGGUCCUCUUUAACGCGUCGUGACUGCCUUGCGGA